AUGUCGUGGCUCGCAAGACCCUCUCGCUGCCUGCGCAGCAUCAGACCAGCAACAAGGGCAACAGUGCCCGUCUCGACAUCCUACACUCCUCUCCGAUCCAUCCAGGGUGCCUCCGCUGUCGCCCAGGAUCACCACUCAACACACACCUCCUCCGCAGCCGCCAACAAUGCCGCCUCCUCAGCCUACCUCGCCGAUAUCCCCCACCGGCCCCUACACACCAACCCCAUCGACGACAUUAUUUCGCAAACACCGUUCGUGCAAGCCCUCCGCCGCGACCCGGCCUACACCGAAUCCCGCCCCCACCUCGCCAUGAACCCAACCCUGCGCCCGCACCACUUCGUCGCUGGCCCCAACUCCGGCCCAGGCAAGAUCACUGUCCCACCCUACGUCUGGGUGGCCACAAACCCGCGCGCCGACGGCCCCACGACCAGCCGCAUGGUCUCCGUCUUCCACAUCGGCGCCCAGCUGUGCGGCCAUCCGGGCUUCGUGCACGGCGGCCUGCUGACCGUCAUGUUCGACGAGGCCUAUGCGCGCUGCGUCUCGACUUCCUUCCCCAGCGGCCUGGGCAUGACCGCGAACUUGACCGUGGAUUUCCGCAAGCCUGCCGUGCCGGACCGGCUGUAUGUGCUGCGUGCGCAGACGGUCAAGGUCGAGGGUCGGAAGGCCUGGGUGGAGGGCACGCUGGCCUCGUUGCCGCCCGUCGGGGAUGCGAGUGAGCCGGUCUUGGUCGCUGAGGCAAAGGCUCUGUUUGUGGAACCCAAGUUCGCAGAGUCUAUGGUUCCCUUGUACAAGAGCUGA